CUCUCUCAAGCAAGACAGAAAAACCUUUGGACCUUUUUUCUUUGGACGACUGCAGGAAACGUUUUAAGAGACAUGGUGUCAGCAGGUGUGCAGAUGCUGGGCACUGCCCUCUGCAUUAUUGGAUGGAUUGGGUGCAUCGUGGUCUGCGCCCUUCCUCAGUGGAAAGUGACAGCCUUCAUCGGCCAGAACAUCGUGACGGCUCAGACCACCUGGGAGGGCAUCUGGAUGACGUGCGUGGUGCAGAGUACGGGUCAGAUGCAGUGCAAGGUGUACGACUCCAUGCUGGCCCUGUCCUCAGACCUGCAGGCGGCCCGCGCCCUCAUGAUCCUCGCCAUCGUGGUCGGCGUCUUCGGCCUCCUCCUCGCCAUCGCUGGGGGGAAAUGCACCAACUGCGUGGAGGACGAGAGCACCAAAACUAAGAUUGGCGUGGCAUCCGGGGUGAUGUUCAUCAUCACUGGGGUCAUGUGCCUCAUCCCGGUGUGCUGGACGGCCAACACCAUCAUACAGAAUUUCUAUGACCCCCUCGCCAUGUCCUCUCAGAAAAGGGAGAUGGGAGCUGCACUCUUCAUCGGCUGGGGGUCCGCAGGCCUUCUCAUCGUGGGUGGGGCUCUCCUCUGUGCCAACUGCCCUCCCAAGGAUACAUACUCUGCAAAGUACUCCGCUCCCCGUUCAAUCCCACCCAAGGACUACGUCUGAGGAGAGAAACAGGAUGAUAGGACUGAACAAAGACUUGGGUUGAAUGCUCUGGCGCCUGAGAUUCAUGUUGCCACAAUGAGUAUGAUUUGAAUUUCACGGUGAUUUCUAUAGGGCUCACUGUUUAGUUGUUACUUUCAUGUUGAGAUACAGCACUUCAGUGGGCGAUGUGGACCACACCCAAACAUAAUCCCAGGGUGGGAAAUAUACAUAUAGAAAUUGGAUAACAUUUAAACUUGAUCAAUCUGUGCCUUUUUUUUUUUACAUAUUUUUGCAUUUCAAAAUGUGUAUUAUACAAUAUGUGAAUGUCUGAAACUGUAAAUAAAGUUUUUUUUGUAUCAACAUUGAAUUA